AGAGAGAGAUUAGGGUUUUGAGAGAUGCAGCUCCGCGAUUGCGCGGCGCUCGCGGAUGUGUGAGCGAUCGAUCGAUGGCUGUGCUGUCCAGGGGCAAGAGUUUGGUGGAGAAUAUCAUGGCCGAUAGCACCAUGAGGAGCCUGUUUGGGGCAAUCGGCAGCAAGGCGACAUCGCCCCAGGCCCAGCAAGUGAAAUUGGAGCACAGUCCAUCAGGUACUCGCAAAUGGAUCAAGGAGCUCUCGCCUCUAGCCAAUGUUGUUGUGGGACGUUGUGCGAGGAUCCUUCUCCUCGAGAUCGAUGAUCUCAAGCGGAGCUUCGAAGAGGAAGCUCCGCUGCCGGCAAAGACGCCCGGAAGAUAUGCUCGAAACUUUCUCGAGUACUGCUCCUUUCGAGCUCUGUCGGUGGCGACGCAGACCUCGGAUCAUCUGAGUGACAAGGAGUUUCGCCGUCUAAGUUUCGAUAUGAUGCUCGCGUGGGAAGCUCCCGGAGCUGCGAAUAAGCCCACUGUUAAGAAGGAUAAGGAACAAGGAAUCAUGGCUGGCGACAAGGAUGAGGAAGACUCGGCGCUCUUUUAUUCCGAUCUGAUGCCUAUGAUGGUUGAUGUCGAGAGUACUGUUGGCCCCGACGCAUUCUGCCGGUUAGCUCCAGCCAUGCCGGUGGUAGCAGACAUGAUCACAGUACACUGCCAGUUUGAUGCACUCACUGCUACCACCGGGGGGCGGCUGCCUUUCCCUGUAUAUGACAAGUACAUUGGAGAGCUGGACAAAACGAUCAAGUCUAUGAAAAAUCUGGCAACACCUUCACUCGUUUCGAAUCUGCGUCUAUCAAAAGGAGAGAUGAUCAUAGAUGUGGAUGGGACAGUCACAACUCAGCCAGUUCUUCAGCAUAUUAAUAUGUCAACUUGGCCGGGACGGCUGACUUUGACAGAUCGAGCAUUGUACUUCGAAGCAGCAGGAGUUGUAUCUUAUGAUGCACCUAAAAAGUACGAUUUAUCUGUUGAUCUCCACCAUACUGUGAAACCAGACUUGACUGGGCCUUGGGGAGCUCGGCUUUUUGACAAGGCGAUUACCUAUAAGUCGGAGAACUUGUCGGACCCCGUGGUGAUAGAAUUUCCCGAGUUGACGGGCCACUCUCGUCGCGAUUACUGGCUAGCGAUUGUUCGUGAGGUUAUCAUGGCUCAUCAGUUCAUAAGGUCAUCUAGUCUGGAAGGUGUUGGACGGUCAGAAGCCCGUGCCAGAGCUGUUUUGGGAUGUGGACGUCUUCGUGCGACUAAGGAAGCUUACCAUAUGCUUCCGAGAAAUCCCGAAGCCUUACUCACUUUUUCGCUGACGGAGGAACUACCUGGCGGAGACAUGGUUCUAGAGGCACUAGCAGAGCGUCUGAAGAGAGCCGCAGAGGGAGAAAACGAGAUUUCUCGAGAGAGUCGAGGCUCUCGAAUCUUCUCCAGUGCUGCCGUGACCGAACUUUCAGCUCUGGGAACGGAUGCUUACAAGGACGCUGGAAUCCCCGUGGGAGAAGUGCUGAUUGGCGACUACACUCAGCUGGAAAAGGCUGUUCAGCAGGCUCGAAGCAGUUCUAGAAAAGUUGAACUGGCGCAGUCUACGAUCGAAGGCGUGAGAGUUGAGGGAAUCGGUACCAAUGUCGCUAUUAUGAAGGAGCUAAGUAUUCCUGCUGUAAACUUCGUAAAUUGGCUUCAAGAUGUCGCUUCAUGGAGGGAGCCAUUCAAGGCAGCAAUGUUUUGUCUGCUCUUCUCGUAUAUAUUUUAUAGAGAUUGGGUCCGAUACCUUCCACCGCUUCUCCUCCUCGUCAUCGUCUUGUACAUCCUCUGGCUGCGCUACAGCUCCAAAGGCAAACGGGACCACGAGAUUGUCGUCCCCAUACCACCAGGCCAAAGCACACUGGAGCAACUCAUGGCGCUGCAGCAAGCAAUAUCGCAGCUGGAGGGCGUGAUUCAAGCGGCAAACAUCUUCCUCUUGAAGGUUCGCGCCUUGCUUCUCUCGGCUCAACCAGAGGCGACCGAUCAAGUAUUAGCAAUUCUGGGAGGACUGGCGCUGGUUCUAGCGGCGCUGCCACUCCGGUGGAUCGCCCUCGCCGUGUUCUUGGACAUCUUCACGAGGCAAAUGCACGUACGUCGCGAGAGCUCCGAGCGAUUUAACAGGAGAAUGAAAGAGUGGUGGAACAGCAUUCCCGUUGUUCCUGUGCGAGUUGCGGACGAGCACGAUCAUCAGUCGUAGCUACAAAAACGAAGAAACUCUCGAGCAAAGAAAGAUCUCCAGGUAAGCCAAAAGAUCGAAGUGAAGUCUGUAAAUCCCAUUUCCAUUCGUAAGCCUCUAGGCGGUUAAGUUUAGUAUCGGGAAAGAAAAAAAAAAGUAAUAAAAGGUAAGAGGAAUUCUAGCCGGAGAUUUGUGCGGCUUGCAUUUUUUGGUUCGCGAAAGCACACUCAAGACAUACAUUUCUUAACAAAGGUGUAUAGGAGAAAUACGAUCACUCCUUUUGGGGGGAUGGCGGAAGCGAUCCAUCUUA